AGAAGGUCCGCUAUCCACUUGAUUUCUUCGUAAUGGUGACCAGGAAGGGAAUCGAGCGGCUCCGCCCAGGGGAUUCCGAACCGACGACGCCACGUUGCAGAGACUGCCGCAGCCACCAUCUGGCUCGCAGAGCAAGAGAAGAAAGACGGCUCCACCACUGCAGCCCGGAGGACACGCAAGACUUCGAAGCGUAUGUAUUGCUCCAAGGGGGUACGCGAAUCGGGAGGAUACACAAAGUCGAGGAAGGCGAUCGGGGUUGGGCCGAUGACGUGAUGAAUGCGGUGCAGGAUGCUCGCUCGUGUGCUGAGAAUGCUAUCCCUGGAGAGCUGCUGGUCUGCAUCCAUGACUGCGGUCUCCAGCAUCGCCUCAACGAUGGCUUCAUCGACCGUACUGAGGCCAAUCGCGAUGUCAAGACAGGCGCUGCCGACCUUCGCGUAGAGCACCUCCUUGGUCAGCUCAGGAAUGGCCCAUUCGUCGGGGUUGAUGAUGGCGCGGAGAGCAAUGUUAACUGCGGCGAAGACUACUUCGUGCUCGAAGCGGAAGCGAUCGUCGAGCGACAAGAUGUGGUGGAUAACGCCCUCACAGAGCUCUUGCAGGAGAUCCUUGGUAUCUGUGUCCCAGUCCUCCUAGGCUGCCGGGACGCAGAGCUGGUUCUCGUGCAUCGCUGCGUUGGUUAUGCGAGUUCCGGACUCUCCCAUUCGACCUUGGUAUCGAUCAAGCAGGUGAUUGGCAUGAGGGCUGCAAGCAUCGAAGCCGGCCUCAGGGCCGAGUUGGGAAAGCCUCCUGUCCAUGUGAUCGCCCUGUCUGGUAUAUUGGCAGGUGCUGGAGGCGGUCUCGAAUGGUGCGCUUACCUCGGUGCUGGCUGUGCACCCGUGAAGCAGAUCGGGGUUGAUGUUGGUGAUGCAGAAAAGGGUGAUGGCCUGGUGAUUGCUUUUGGGGGAAGUGCCGUCUUGAGCACCUCCAGUGACAAGUGGGCCGGCUUCAACCCCUCCGCACAUAACCCCACCUGGCCACCUGUGGACGCUCGCACUCCCCUGGAGAUAUGUUCCUUCAGGCCCGAGGUGGUCUGCUUGGCCGCACAGACUCACCAAACAUUGAUGGAGGGAGGUCUGGCCGCCUUCACCGGACGCAAGUAUGAUGGCAAGCAGGUGUCGAGUAUCCCCAGCCUGCAAACAACUUUCGAGAGCAGCGGCCUGGGCAGCGCUAACCAAGUGCUGUGCAUGGCUUAUGACCCAGACCGCGAUUGCACCUUGGCGACCAACCCGCCGGGCGACACUGCCUCAACCAACUUACAAGCUGAGCCCUACAACACUUGGUCUCCCAGGAGUCGGCUCGUGAUCUAUAACCCGUGCAGCCCUCGUCCGCCCGAGCUCCGAGUCGCUGAAUUCAAAAUAUUUGAGGUUGCCGUCACUGACAAGGUGCGCCGGGCAACGGAGCUGUGCCAUCUUUAG